AGGGAAGUAGAGGUACAACUCCCCACAUUGUAUCACAGCUUAGCUUAAUAUUUCUCGGUUCUCAGGCAAAGUUUCGGAAUUGCUGCAGCAGCUGCUGCUUUUUCCUCAUCUUUGACUCAGUACUUCUCUCUCUCUCUCUAUCUCUCUCCCUGUCUUCGUCCUACGCGCACACCACAUCACCUUUCUUCUCCUCCAUUACUUUCUCUCUCUACCACCCGCAUUUUGAGUUUCAUUUAUAUUUUUAUUUUUGCCGCCGUCGGGGAGCGGUUGAAGCGCCGUGUGUCACUGGUUCCGCCGCCGGUUGAAUUUUGUCCAUCGCUGGACUGAGUCAAACGCGGUCCAUCGGGAGGAGGGAGGACCCUCGUUUGACUUUGGAGCUUUGCCAGAAACGGGAGUGUUAGACUUCGGGAACCUUUUUAUUUUUCUCUCCGGCUAGGUUUUUCAGAUCUGAACGAAGGGGAAGGCGUGAUUUUGUAGUUGGAUCUUUGGAGUGUUUUUGGUAAUUUGAAGGGGAAGGGAGGGGAAGUUAGGUGGUGGUGUUGAUGGUAGUGUGUGGCGGCGGAGGAGCUGGUGGAGUGGUCGCAUGAUAAUGAGUGGAGUGGGAUGGUGGUGGCGGUGGUGUUGGUGUGGAGGUGAGCGUUUCACAUGGAAUGGCAGAUCUUGUUAGCUACGGUAAUGCCGAGCGUGACAUCGAGCAGGCAUUGAUUGCUUUAAAGAAGGGAGCUCAACUACUUAAAUAUGGUCGUAAGGGAAAGCCUAAAUUUUAUCCAUUUAGACUCUCUAAUGACGAAACAUCUUUAAUUUGGAUUUCUAGUAGUGGUGAAAGAAGUUUGAAAUUAGCUUCAGUUUCAAGGAUUAUCCCUGGACAAAGAACUGCUGUUUUCCAACGUUAUCUGCGGCCUGAUAAGGAGUACUUGUCCUUCUCGCUCAUAUAUAACAACGGAAAAAGAUCACUUGACCUGAUCUGCAAGGACAAAGUUGAGGCAGAAAUCUGGAUAGCUGGCCUUAAGGCAUUGAUAUCAUCUGGACAAGCGGGACGCUCAAAAAUUGAUGGAUGGGGUGAUGGAGGCCUCUAUUUCGAUGAUAACAAAGAUUUGACAUCAAAUAGUCCAAGUAGCAGUUCUGUGAGUGCUACACGAGAAGCUAGCUCACCUGAGGUUUCCAUUAGUUCAAAUAUAACCACUUCUCCAAAGAGUUAUCGUCCUGAUAAUUUGGUCUUUUCAGAAAGGUCACAUGUAGCUUUGGAUCAAACAAAUAUGCAAGUGAAAGGAUCUGGAUCAGAUGCUUUUCGGGUUAGCGUAUCUAGUGCCCCCAGCACUUCUAGUCACGGUUCUGCACAAGAUGAUUGUGAUGCAUUAGGGGAUGUGUACAUAUGGGGUGAAGUUAUAUGUGAUAAUGUUGUCAAGGUUGGUCCAGAGAAGAAUGCUAGUUCCAUUAGCACAAGAGCUGAUGUUCUUCUUCCCAGGCCAUUGGAAUGCAAUGUUGUUCUUGAUGUGCAUUAUAUAGCAUGUGGGGUCAGGCAUGCUGCCCUGGUCACUAGGCAAGGUGAAGUCUUCAGUUGGGGUGAAGAAUCUGGUGGACGGCUUGGUCAUGGAGUUGGGAAAGAUGUCACUCAACCUCGAUUGGUGGAAUCUUUAACAUUUUGCAGUAUCGAUUUUGUUGCAUGUGGGGAGUUUCACUCUUGUGCAGUCACAAUGGCUGGUGAACUUUACACUUGGGGUGAUGGUACACACAAUGCAGGGCUCUUGGGUCACGGCUCUGAUGUCAGUCACUGGAUACCCAAGAGAAUUUCUGGUCCUCUUGAAGGACUUCAAGUUGCCAUGGUUACUUGUGGUCCGUGGCAUACUGCCUUGAUAACAUCAACUGGACAGCUGUUUACUUUUGGAGAUGGAACUUUUGGUGUUUUGGGCCAUGGGAAUAGGGAAAACGUCUUGUAUCCAAGGGAGGUCGAGUCACUGUCAGGUUUGAGAACAGUUGCUGUUGCAUGUGGAGUGUGGCAUACUGCUGCCGUGGUUGAGGUUAUUGUAACACAGUCUAGUGCAAGUUUUUCAUCUGGAAAAUUGUUCACUUGGGGAGAUGGUGAUAAAAAUCGCCUCGGACAUGGUGACAAGGAACCACGACUGAAACCUACUUGCGUGCCUGCACUAAUCGAUUACAAUUUUCACAAAAUUGCUUGUGGGCAUAGCUUGACUGUUGGCUUGACUACAUCUGGACAUGUUUUCACAAUGGGAAGUACCGUCUAUGGUCAGCUUGGAAAUCCUCAGUCUGAUGGGAAGUUACCUUGCUUGGUAGAAGACAAGCUUGCCGCUGAAUCUGUUGAAGAAAUUGCUUGCGGUGCGUAUCAUGUGGCUGUAUUGACAUCCAAAAACGAGGUUUACACAUGGGGUAAAGGAGCUAAUGGGAGGUUGGGCCAUGGAGAUAUAGAAGACAGGAAAACACCCACUCUAGUUGAAGCUUUGAAGGACAGACAUGUUAAAUUUAUUGCUUGUGGGUCAAAUUACACAUCUGCUAUAUGUCUUCAUAAAUGGGUUUCUGGUGCUGAGCAGUCGCAGUGCUCAGCUUGUAGGCAGGCUUUUGGCUUUACAAGAAAGAGGCAUAAUUGCUAUAACUGCGGACUAGUACACUGCCAUGCUUGCAGUUCUAGAAAAGCACCACGGGCAGCAUUGGCACCUAAUCCCAGCAAACCGUAUCGUGUGUGUGAUUCAUGUUUUGUGAAACUGAGUAAGAUGGCAGAAGCUGGCGCCAACAACCGGAGAAAUUCUGGACCACGGCUUUCUGGUGAAAACAAGGACAGGUUGGACAAGGCUGAUCUGAGGUUGGCCAAGUCAGCCCUGCCAGCUAACUUUGAUUUGAUUAAACAAUUAGAUAUAAAAGCAGCCAAACAAGGAAAGAAAGCUGAUACAUUCUCUUUGGGUCGUUCCUCUCAAGUAUCUCUAUUGCAGCUGAGGGAGACUGUUAUGUCUACAGCUGUUGAUGUACGUCGAUAUGUUCCAAAGCCAAUUCUUACACCAUCAAGUGUUAGUUCGAGGUCUGUGUCACCCUUCUCGAGAAAACCUAGUCCUCCACGGUCUGCAACACCAGUUCCCACAACAUCAGGUCUUUCUUUCUCAAAAAGCAUUACUGAUAGUUUGAAGAAGACAAAUGAACUUCUUAAUCAGGAAGUGCAUAAGUUGCGGUUGCAGGUUGAAAGCCUUAAAAACAGAUGUGAAAUGCAAGAACUGGAGCUCCAGCAAUCAGCUAAGAAAGCUCAGGAAGCAAUGACAUUAGCUGCAGAGGAAUCAGCCAAAUGUAAAGCUGCAAAAGAAGUGAUUAAGUCACUUACAGCACAGCUCAAAGAUAUGGCUGGGAAAUUGCCGCCUGGCGCUUAUGACCCUGAAAGCCUCAAGCUGGUUUACCUACCAAAUGGAUUGGAACAAAUUGGCACACACCAUCCAGGAGCUGUUGGAGAAAGGAAUUCAGGAUCGGAUGCAAUCAAUAGCUCUUACUUGGCCUCUCACCCCGGAACAGAUUCAUCUAUGCCAAAUAGAACGUCAGGGUCAUCUGAAUUGCUUGGAGAUGCUUCUGGCAGCAACGGAAGUAGCUUAGGUCCUCAGGCACUAGGACUAGCCACCUCAAAUGGAACAAACGACCGCUUUGAUGCCAGACUUCCUAAUGGUGGUGGGAAUAACCAGUCCUAUCGCAGCAGUGUGUCUGAAAGUCUCGACGGUAGAGAAUCUGGGCCUUACCAGGACAGUGAAACUGGCUUGAAAUCCAGAAACUCUGUGGUUCCAGGCAAUGCUAGCCAAAUAGAAGCUGAAUGGAUCGAACAAUAUGAACCGGGUGUGUAUAUAACACUUGUAGCCCUUCGAGAUGGAACUAGAGAUCUCAAACGUGUUCGCUUCAGCCGGAGAAGGUUUGGAGAACACCAAGCAGAGACUUGGUGGUCAGAGAACCGAGAAAAGGUUUACGAGAAAUACAAUGUCCGGGGAUCAGACAAGUCAUCGGUUUCCGGCCAGGCUGCCCGACGAUCUGAAGGAGCUCUUUCACCUUCUUCUCAGAUUUAGGUAAAACACAGGAUAUUGAAAGAAGUUUCUCUACUCCAUUUGAGCAUCAUAAUGUAGUUGUUAGAGAAAUUGGAGGAACACAGACACCCGAAUUUUUGGCCUUUCUUUGCUCCUUUCCCACCCUCUCUUUUUAUUCUUUCUUUUUUCUUUAAAUUUAUUUUUUAUUUCAAAAAAAUUUAUCCUCCUCCUAUUUCAUCUCCAAGGGCAUCAUCCACCUGGCUUUCAUCAUCAUAGUGUGUAUAUAACUCUCAAUUAUUAUAAUUUACAUUUUUCUCAGAAA